CCAUGUUGACCGCGUCCGCUCCUCCCUUUCCCGGAACUGCUCUAUCUCAGCGGUCGAAUUCUAUUGUCCCAGCGGCGCCUGUCUGCCUCGCGGUGUAGAGACUCUAUAGUUCCAUUGGUGGGCGGGCUGAGAAGGGCAUAACAUGAAUAUUCAGAAGAAGUAAUGAAUAUUCAUCACGUAGUGCUCGGGGCGGGGCAGAACGCUGGCGAGGCGACGGUCUCGCUCGGACUCUGGCCCGGGCGGCGGGGCCCGGCUCGGGUUGCCCCGGGCUCAUGGCUGUCGGGAGCGCGGCGGCGGGGAGCGCCGGCGGCCGCAGGCCCCAGCCCCAGCUGGACCUGCAGUUUCUGCGACGCUUCGGGAAGAUCCAGGCCAUCUUGUUUCCCAGAUGGUCCUCCCAGAAUGUGCUCAUGUUCCUGACCCUGCUGAGCAUUGCCCUGUUAGAGCAGUUGGUCAUUUACCAGGUGGGAUUGAUCCCCAGCCAGUACUACGGGGUCCUGGGGAGCAAGGACUUCUCUGGGUUCAAAACCCUGACUACGAUUGCUGCGAUACUCAUCGUACUCAAUUCCACGGUAAGAGAGGCAUGUGCUCACAGAGGGCUAGAGAGAGCAAAGAGGGAUCCUAUGCUGAAAAGCUUGGACCAGUUUAUCUGUAACCUGAUGUAUGUGAGCUGGAGGAAGACUCUCACCGAAUACCUUCACGGCUACUAUUUCCAGGGCCAGGUGUAUUACACCCUGAAUGUGCUGCGCGAGGACAUCGAUAAUCCAGACCAGCGAAUCAGUCAGGAUGUGGAGAGGUUCUGCAGACAGCUAAGCUCCAUGGCCAGUAAACUCAUCAUCUCUCCUUUUACACUGGGCUACUACACCUAUCAGUGCUUUCACAGCACCGGCUGGCUGGGCCCAGUAAGUAUCUUUGGGUAUUUUGUCAUUGGGACAGUUGUUAACAAGGUGCUGAUGAGUCCCAUUGUGUCAAAACUGGUGCAUCAGGAGAAGCUGGAGGGGGAUUUCAGGUUCAAGCACAUGCAGAUUCGUGUAAAUGCAGAGCCAGCUGCUUUCUACAGAGCUGGGCAGGUAGAGCACAUGAGAACUGACCGCCGGUUGCAGAGCCUCCUGCAGACACAGAGGGAGCUGAUGGGCAAAGAACUGUGGCUCUAUAUUGGGAUCAACACCUUUGACUAUCUGGGCAGCAUUCUGAGUUACGUGGUGAUUGCCAUUCCCAUCUUUAGUGGUGUUUAUGGGGACCUGGAUCCAGCACAGCUGAGCGCUCUGGUCAGCAAGAAUGCCUUUGUCUCCAUUUACCUCAUCAGCUGCUUCAGCCAGCUCAUCGAUCUCUCCGCCACCUUGUCUGACGUGGCUGGCUACACACACAGAAUUGGGGAGCUGCAGGAGACGCUGCUGUCUCUCUCCAGGAAACACCGUGAUUGUGAAUCAGAAGCCAAAACCAACUGGGACUUUGACAAUGGUCCUGGAGAGCAGACUGUGCUGGGGGAUACAGCCUUCCUCCUGGAGCGAGUCUCUCUCUCGGCUCCAUCCUCGGACAAGCUGCUCAUCAAGGACCUGGACCUACGGAUUUCCCAAGGGAAUAAUCUGCUGAUUGUGGGGAACACUGGCACAGGGAAGACAUCACUCCUGAGGGUCCUUGGUGGCCUCUGGGAGAGCACACGGGGGAACAUCCACAUGCUGACCUGCUUUGGCCCCCAUGGGGUGGUGUUCCUGCCACAGAGACCUUUCUUCACAGAUGGAACCCUGCGAGAGCAGGUGAUUUAUCCUCUGAAGAAGAUUUAUCCAGUUUCAGGGUCUGCAGAUGAUGAGAGGAUCCUGCAAUUCCUGGAGCUGGCUGGGCUGUCUGAUUUGUUGGUGCGCACAGGGGGUCUGGACCAGCAGGUGGAUUGGAACUGGUAUGACAUCCUGUCCCCAGGGGAGAUGCAGAGACUCUCAUUUGCAAGGCUCUUCUACCUCCAGCCCAGAUAUGCAGUGUUGGAUGAAGCCACCAGUGCUCUGACAGAGGAGGUGGAGAAUGAGCUAUACCGCACUUGUGCUCAGCUGGGGAUGACGCUAGUCAGUGUGGGACAUCGCACCAGCCUGGAAAAGUUUCACACUUGGAUUUUGAAACUCUCUGGAAGAGGAAGAUGGGAACUAACAAGAACCGAGAGAGCGAGGCGGCUCCCAGCCAGUGAGGGAUGCUGAAAAAAGUACCGUGGCUUGAGACUGGUUAAUUACCCAGGAGCUGCAGAAACACCUGAUUAGUAGAUGUGGAACUGCAGAGCCACCAGGAGCCAAUAAGUAUUCAGGGAGGAGGGUGAUGGUUUCUGGAUUUUACUGAAGGAACCAGGACUGAGUCUUUCCUUUCUGCCUGUCGUCGAAACUGUUUUUGUUGUUGGGUGCUGCUGAGAGUGGAGGUUUCCAUCCCUCCCAAAAGGGGCUUCUCCUCAAAACAUUCCCCUGGCAUCCGAUCCCCUCUUCCUACCUAUCGUGGUAGGGGGGAGCAGAAGGAGCCCCAUUUUCUCCCUACUUUUGAGAGGGAGGAUAACUUUGGAUGGAGGGGGAGAACUCCUGGGUGCCAGGAGAAGGCAUCAUCUGGUGCUGUGCAAAGGCAGGGCCAGUGGUGCCUGCACUUGACGGCAGUGUGGUGCUGGCUCAGAAAGGACCAAGGUCUCCACAGGGACCACUGUCAUCUGAACCUGAGGCUGGGAUCUGCAGGGAUGGACAGGGCUCAUGUCUCCUCAUUCUGUUCAGGGCCGUGCUCAGCACAUGGUGGAUUAAUCCAUGGAGUUUGUGUCAUUUUACCCCAGGCUGAACCUCACUAGAAGCAUUUUGCAUUAAAAUCCAGGGCCUGUUAGCAUGGGGUAUGUGUGGCAGCCUGAGCUGGUGCCAGACAGCAGCCGCCGCCUCCUGUCAUCCUGCACUAGGGCUGGCCUUACGGGUGGGCUAAGUGGGCAACUGCCUAGGGCAUUGGGGUGGGGGAGGACGUGGCGUCUGAGUGCCACAAGCUGGUGGGCCUGGCUACCACAGCACAGGUGAGUGGAGGCUGGGCUGGAGCCCCUGGCCAG